UAGUUGUCAUUAUAAGGUAGCCGAACAGAUAUGUAUAAAUUACGAGUUGGAUCUUGCACUUCAGUUAUUUCAGACUUGAAACUGAAAGUGCUAACAUCAGUAUGCUGAAGUCAACGGCUCUUAUUCUCCUAGUAGCGUUGUCGCUCUACGUUUCAUCUACAACCGCCAAAUCAGUAUGGGCCAAACGUGAAUCUAAUCCCGUUUACUCUGUCAACGUACCAAGUGAAGAUAUUCCUAACGUAAUCAAUUCUGAUGAAUCAGAAGUUUCCAAGACCAACGAAAGCGCUAGUGAUGAUAGCGAUGACGGUGAAAUGGAUGAAGAAUUUUUGAAGGAUUUCCUUUUUGUCAUUUCUAAAAUCAUAGUCAUCGCCGAUGAAAGCAGCGAAUCUGGCGAGGCUGAAAUCGAAAAAGUUAUGGCUGAUUUCGAGAGGAAACACCCGGGCUCAGAAAAAUUCUGGCAAUACUUCGUGACUCAAAUGGCUGAACUCGAGGACUUAUCUGAUGAGGAAAGCUCAGAAUCUGCAAGCACAAACUCGAAGAGAUCCGAAACCGUCGCUCGCUUUGGUAGACAAGCGGCACAAACCAACAAUCUUAAUGAACUUCGUAAAUUAUUUUAAUUAAAUAUUAGUAAAUUUCGACAUUAUUAGUGAUGCAGUAAAAAAUGGUUGAAUACAUUCAAAUUUAGCGCAAUA